AUGCUUCUACUGAUGUUAGCUGCGGUAGAACGAGCUGUUGGAUUGUCUUUUGAGUCGCAGGUACUCGUCAACCAACGCGUCUAUGAACGACCACCAUUUUUCACCAUCAAAAGGGUACUUGUGCUUGCUCUCCUUCUCGCAGUUGUCAGCCUGGCAGUAUGCAUACCAUCAGCUGCUGGUUUGCUUCCAGUAAAGCCAUUUCGUGACCGAUAUGUUUGCUCUAUCAGUAGUGGGGCUCCUCUUGGAUACACAGUGACGCGAGUGGUGCUAUACAUAGGCUGCUUGUGCGUUCUUUUAGUAUGUUUGUCGGCCAUCUUCAAAAAACGGGUAAAAUAUUUUGACAACCCGACAACUUUUAUAACAUGA